UCGACGGAAGCCUGCGCUGCGUGGCGUUAGCUUUGACGCCAUAGCUUGCGCUUGUCAUUCAGAUAUCCCAGGAAUUUAACCCGACUAGGAACCAACCAGCGCGGCACAGCGAGGACGUUCUGAGUCGGAAUCACGUCCCUCUUGCCGAGGAAGCACCGUAAGCACGGCUGGCUGCUGGGAAAGGAAACGGUGCGGCUACGGACGGCGCAGCGGGAUGCAGAUGUGAAGUCAGACAUCGGAGAGAAUCCUGACCCGAAGCUGUCUGCGCUGGACAGGCGACAUUCCCCCACCACUUCAUCCGCUUUCAUCGCUCACAUCAAUGCUGGUACAUGAGGAGAGCGGAGAAAUCCGAGAGAUACAGACAGAUGAGACCCAAAACGUUCCCCGCCAGCAACUACAACGGCAACAGCCAGCAGAUGCUGCAGGAAAUACGGAACAGCCUGCCCAAGCCCGACCCGCCUAAAGUGGAGGCAGGGGGACAAGCCAAGAUGCUCCCAGAAGACCCGAGGCAGCAGGGGCGCGCCAGCACCCCCAAACAUUCCUACCACAAGACGCUGCAGGAGAUCCGCAAGUCCCUGGAGCUGUACAAAGUGAACGGCCCGCCGAGCAGCAGUUCUACCUCCUCAGGGCCGGAUACUAGCAACCCGAGUGCUGGGUUUGAGGAGGCCAACAGCGGGCGCCGCGGGGCUUCAGACUACCUGGUAAAGGGGAAUUACCAGGACCCGAUGAGGGAGAAGAUGGCCGUUGCUCCAGGACCGUCUCACAUACAGCAGGCGGUGCUGCGGAGGCCCAGUUGGAAAGGCUCUAAGGAAUCUCUGGCUCCUCGGCUGGGUCCCGUCAUGACGGAGGGAAUAAUGUACCGUUCUGACAGCCCCGGACCGCCGCCCGUUUACCCACAAGGCCACGCCCCCAGCAGCCAGAGAGCAAACCCCCCGCUGCCGCCUCAGAUGCGCAGCGUCACGCCUCCGCCGAACCGCAGCGGCAUGUCUCCCGCGUCCUCCUGGGAAAACAAGCGCUACUCCGGGAACAUGGACUACCUGGCGCCGCGGAUCUCUCCGGUGCCGCAGGGCGCCUGGCCCGACGGCUACCCAAACCCGCCCCCCCAGAACCAGCGUGGGAUCAGCCCGGGUCCGGCGGGCCACCAGCCCAUCAUCAUACAGAGCGCCGGUGGAAACAAGUUCACCUUUCCUUCCACCUGGACGCAGAACGGCUCCGCUCAGCCGGACUACAUGCAGGGAGGCAGCCGGCAGCCCCCUCCCCCCUACCCGGUGAACCCGGGCAGCCGGCACAGUCCCACCGAGCUGCAGGCCGGACCCGCGUCCUCGCCGUCUUACCUGAACGGCGGGAACCUCCCCCAGUCCAUGCUGGUUCCCAACCGCGGCAGCCACAACCUGGACAUGUACAACCUGGGUCAGUCGUGGUCCCAGGCGCCUCUGGGCUCCGGCCAACCGCAGCCGUCCGCCUCCGCCAACAGCAGCAACCAGGACCUGUCGCCGUCGUGGCAGCACAACGUGCCGGCGCGCUCCAACUCCUUCAACAACCACCAGAUCGGCGGCGGCGGCGGCGGCGGCGGGCGGGCCGCUCACUCGGCCACCACCCAGCCCUCCGCCACCACCGUCACCGCCAUCACGCAGGCCCCCAUCCUGCAGCCGGUGAAGAGCAUGCGCGUGCAGAAACCCGAGCUGCACACGGCGGUCGCCCCCACGCACCCGCAGCGCAUACAGCAGGCCGCGCCGCCUGCGCCCGCCUACCCGGAGCCCCCCCCUGCGGCGGCGACGGCGCAGAUCCCGGUUGCGGUGGAAGCUCCCAGCUAUCAGGGCCCUCCUCCACCGUAUCCCAAGCACCUCCUCCCUACGUCCUCGCCCCCGGCGUACAACCCCGACGCCAACAAGCUCGGCCCGGGCAGAGAGGCGGCUGCCGAGGAGAGCGGCGGCGGCGAGAAGGCGGCGGAGAGCGCCGAAAACGCGGCGGCGGCGGCCGAGAAGGAGAGGAAGCAGAUCACCACGUCGCCCGUCCCGGUCCGCCGCAACAAGAAGGACGAAGAGCGGCGGGGGGAGUCGGGGAGGAUCAACCUGUACUCCCCUCAAGCCUUCAAGUUCUUCAUGGAGCAGCACGUGGAGAACAUCCUGAAGAACCACCAGAUGAGGAUCCGCAGGAGGAAGCAGCUGGAGAGCGAGAUGCAGCGGGUGGGCUUGACCUCAGAGGCCCAGGAGCAGAUGCGAAUGAUGCUCUGUCAGAAGGAGUCCAACUACAUCCGUCUCAAGCGCGCCAAAAUGGACAAGUCCAUGUUCAAGCGGAUCAAGACGCUCGGCAUCGGCGCCUUCGGGGAGGUGUCCCUGGCCAGGAAGGAGGACACCGGAGCGCUGUACGCCAUGAAGACUCUCCGCAAGAAGGACGUGCUGCUGAGGAACCAGGUGGCCCACGUGAAGGCCGAGCGGGACAUCCUGGCCGAGGCGGACAACGAGUGGGUGGUGCGUCUCUACUACUCCUUCCAGGACAAGGACAACUUGUACUUCGUCAUGGAGUACAUCCCGGGGGGGGACAUGAUGAGCCUCCUCAUCCGGCUCGGCAUCUUCAAGGAGGAGCUGGCUCAGUUCUACAUCGCCGAGCUCACCUGCGCCCUGGAGAGCGUCCACAAGAUGGGCUUCAUCCACAGAGACAUCAAGCCCGACAACAUCCUCAUAGACAGAGACGGACACAUUAAGCUGACGGACUUUGGCCUCUGCACCGGUUUCCGCUGGACCCACGACUCCAAGUAUUACCAGAGCGGGGACCACGUCAGGCAGGACAGCAUGGACUUCAGCAAGGAGUGGGAAGAUCCGGCCAACUGUCGCUGUUCCAACCGGCUGAAGCCCCUGGAGAGGAGGAAGGCGCGGCAGCACCAGCGCUGCCUGGCCCACUCCCUGGUGGGCACGCCCAACUACAUCGCUCCGGAGGUUCUUCUCAGAACAGGCUACACCCAGCUCUGCGACUGGUGGAGCGUCGGCGUCAUCCUCUACGAAAUGGUGGUGGGUCAGCCCCCUUUCCUGGCCAACACGCCGCUGGAGACGCAGAUGAAGGUGAUACAGUGGAAGAGCUCGCUGCACAUCCCCCCGCAGUGCAAGCUCAGCCCCGAGGCGUCCGACCUCGUCGUCAAGCUGUGCCGCGGGCCGGAGGACCGCCUGGGCAAGAACGGCGCCGACGAGAUCAAAGCGCACCCCUUCUUCAGGAGCGUCAACUUCUCCAGCGACCUGCGGCAGCAGGCGGCGCCCUACAUCCCCACCAUCGCUCACCCCACGGACACGUCCAACUUCGACCCGGUGGAGCCGGACAAGCUGCGGCGGAGCGACGACGAGAGCAACCACAACGACACGCUGAGCGGUUGGUUCCGCAACGGCAAGCACCCCGAGCACGCCUUCUACGAGUUCACCUUCCGCCGCUUCUUCGACGACAACGGCCACCCCUACAGCUGCCCCAAGCCCAUCAACGAGGGCUGCGACGAGGACGAGGCCGAGCUGGACCAGGACCAGGACCAGCCGGGCCGAGACCUGGUUUACGUGUAGCUGCCGGCGCCGCCGAGCCGCCAGGUGUGUACGGACCUCUGAGAAGGUGUUUGGGAGGGAGGGGGUGCCAGAUAAAGCAUUUAAAACCUUAAACUUAGGAAACCUAGAUCUGUGGGAGCGCUCGGACCACAUUAGCUCGUACAAAAAAAAAAAAGAUUUAAAUGUUAAAGCGAUGAGCUGGCAGAGUAUCUGGCCUGUAGCCGCUCAGAACACCUCGAGAGUCCCAGAACCGUAGAGCGAUUCACCAAGAAACCAGUUUCAGCUCCCGGAAACUCAAAAAAUAAAUAAAAAUAAUAAUCUUUCUGGUCUCUGAACACGACGGACCCAGACAGCAGAACCUUCUCCGGUGUGGACACAGAGAAAAGGUCAGUGGAAGCACGAUAAACGGAGGAGGAGCUGUUAUUUCUGUUCGCUAACGGACCUUCAGCGGAUAACAGGAAGGCUAAACGGAGUAUUGUUGCUUUGUUUUGCUCUUUUUCACCUUUUACCCUGCAGUUAGGGACUUCUAAUUUAAUAAGUGACAAUAGAAAGUAUUAAAUUCAUCAGUCCUCUUAUUUUUAUUUUAUUUUUUGGCCAUAGAUCGUAUUCUGGGCCCCACAAACAAAUAUGGCUCUUUAAAAACGAGGCUUAUGGUCAGUUACCUGAAGGCAGCGAAACAUCAAUUAGCUUUGGUCACGUUCUCUGAUCUGUGUCCUGUUGUAAAACUCACAAUCCCAACACGAACGUUAGUUUAUCGUCAUAAAUUAUUAAAACUUUUCCACCCCUUCCUCCGCCACGCAAAAUCCGCACCGGCGCAGAUCUGCCCCUUCAAGGGAGAACGCACAGAGGACGCCGUUUUAGAAAUAACUAAAAAAAAUUUUUUAAAGUGCAUUAAAACGUAAAAUGGCUGUUCCUGGGUUUCUUUUUAUAUCGUUGUCAUAAUUUAUUAAAACUUUUCUAGGUUUUAGCCGAUUCUGCCGCCCCUUGUAAAGCCUUUUAUAUCACGGUUCUGAAAGAGAAAUCCGAAUCGGGCUGAAAUCCGGAUCAGAACUUCACAGAAAGCGCGCAUUGGCCAGAACGUUCUUCUAAAAAAAAAAAUAAGUUUCUGGUUUGAGUCGUCGUCCCAUUAAUUGUCUCUAAAGAUCCAUUUGUGACCCGGUUCUGUUCACACUCGUCCCUCAUUUUAACCCCCAGGCGUGGAUUGUUCUGCCUGUCUUCAUGCAGGUUCCCAAUUUUUAAAGCAGACAUUCCUGUCGCUUCAACACCUCCAGAAAUAAAAGUAAAAUAAAACCCACCAGAAAUAAAGUAAAAUAAAACCCACCAGAGAUAAAGUAAAAUAAAACCCACCAGAGAUAAAGUAAAAUAAAACCCACCAGAGUGCCAUCUUUGACAAUUUAUCACGGCCGCCCCUUAAAGCCUUAAUUUAUUGACGCUAGUGUAGAUGCUGCUUUGAGUCUUGAGAUUUGUUUUUAAGUCUUUAAUUUAUAUUUUAGUUUGUUGCCAUGGGUUUUUUUGUUUUGUUUUGUUUUGUUUUGGCUGUGGCUCUUUAUAAUUCACAGGUAUAAAUUGUUCUAAUUAGUGUUCAUUGCUAUUUUUCACCAAAUAUUACAAGGGUUCCUAUAAUAAUCAGACUGGCAUCUUAAAAUGAGUAGCAGUAGUUGAAUGUACUACAGUAGGCUUUGUUUUUUUUUUUGUUUUUGUUUUUUAACUUAUACCUAAAAUGUAUUUAUAAAUUAAGUUGUACACCAUGGAUGUAAAUAUCUCCUUUCUCCUCGUUGUGGGCAGGCCCUCGUCUGUCAAUAUGUACUUAAUUUCUGACGCUAAUUUACGUAACUGUUUGGGUUUAUAGUUCAUCCUGCAAGGAUUCACGCUCCCGUCUCGACCAAAGCACUAAAUAACUGUGUUUUUCUACUUUUUACCCACUUUCAGAAAGUAAAUCACCAUGGCUGUAGUGUUUUUAUGGUUUAUUUACUCUUAAUACUACUUCAACCUUUGGACUCAACACUGCAACUUUAGUAAAAGAAUAAAACACUAAGGUUAGCUUGUUUUGAAGUAAUAAACUGAACUCUCGAUCAGUUAUAAAUGUUUCACUUUGCUGUAGUUUUUUUUUUCACGUAGGAGAGAAUCUGAAUGUAGUUCUUAUUGAUUUUUUUUAAUAAUGACCACUGUCAUUCUGCACUGGUUUUGUUUGAAUUGUGAGAGAAUUUUAUUUUUGUGUAAAUUGUGUUGUUUUUUUUGCUCCAAUGGGGGUUUGGGAAGAGGGUAAUAAAGAGUCAGAACAUUAA